AUGCACGUGCGUGUUUUGGCUUUGUGGCAUAAAAGAGCAUGCACACGACGUCGUUUGUCGCAGGAAAAAGGGGCAAAUGCGAGUGGACAAAUCUACGCUGUUGGCACGUUUAUGGAUGCGUGUUAUGGUAUUGAUGGAUGUUUUUAUCCCUUCGAGGUUGGUGGCAUUAGCUCACCCUCUCUGAAUUCUGAUGCUGAAAUAUCUUAA